AGAGAGAGAGAGAGAGAGGGAGACAGAGAGGGAGAGGGAGAUUCGUGAGCACCGGUGGGCCGGCGCGAUCCGUCGCUGGAUCGCAUCCCACAUUCUUGGAUUUUGGAUUCUUGUUCUUGUUCUCCUUCCUGGGUUGUAGAAGGGAGCAACCAUACAUACAUUAUAGGUAAAAGCAACAGAAGAUUGAGACUUCUUCCAUGGUCGCCUUGCCCUAGCUCUAGCAUCUACAUUUGCGAUGGAGGAGGUCCAGAGCAAGCUCAUGGCGCUCGACUACCCGCGAGCUUCGGUGCCGGCGCAAUCGCUGCUCUACGCCGGCCUGGAGCGCUAUGCGCUGCUCGAGUGGCUCUUCUUCAAGCUCCUAGGGGAUAAGUCGCCUUUCACGCAGCAAGGACCACAGGGCGAUGGCACCGAGCGGGACGAAGAAUCUGCGCGAACACAGCAUUUAGCCGAGAUCGCCCGGUUUCUGGGCUUGACACCGACUGUGGAUCUAGACGCUGUCCAGGGUAAAGGGAGCUACGAAAGUCGUGCCGAGAUGCUGCGCUUGAUUGUCAACCUGGUUGAGGCGAGCUGCGUCGCUGACAAUCCGGAAUGGAGUGUGGAUGACCAGGUUGCCAAAGACAUCCAGUUCCUUGAUGCUAUCUCGGAGAAGCAGGCCCAAGUUUUCUCCGAGGAAUGCAAGCUCUUCCCGCCCGACGUACAGAUCCAGACGAGCUUCCCAGUGCCGGAUGUGUCCGAGCUAGAAAACAAACUCGCCGACUAUGUCAAGCACCUGGCCGAUCUCCAGCAGGUUGUUGAUGAUCUGGCCUCGAAGCAAAACUACAACCCGAAUGAAGACCAUUCCGAGGCUGGGAACGAAUUAAAGGCGCAGCUGGAAUCUUUCCUCGAGACCGCCAAAGUAUUCAAUCAUAUAUAUUCAAAGGAAAUACGACCCUGGACACACACGAUGGAGCUGCCCCAGCUGCAUGGAUUGGGACCGGCUGCGAACCGGCUGUUGGAGUCGUAUAAACUCCUCCUCAAGCUGCUUCGCAACCUUCGUAGCUUGCGGGACUCGCAUGCGGCCAUCGCCGCCGUCUCUGAAACUUCAACUUCUCCCACUGCCACCUCCGUGGAAGAUGGUGCUGCUACCACUGCUCGCGCCGACGGCUCCCUCGAGAAGCUCGUGUCCGAGUGCGAGGAGGGACUCGUCGAUCUCAACCGCGGGCUUGCGGUCCUCUCGGCCUCGGCGGCACGGGUGACAACAUAGUGGGCCAUCGUACGGACGUGUGUACUUGGAGCAAAGCAGUUAUCUGUUGGUGGAUCCGACCAGCGGGGCACCGCGAGCUGAGUGGGGGAAUUAUGAGAUGCGUCACCUUUCUGGGAUGUCGUGGGCUCCAAAUGGAUCGGCCUCUCGUUCGCUCCCUCACUAGUCGGCGCCUACAGUGGCUCGAGCAAUCAUUUUUCUCUUGACUUUGUCA